ACUCAGCAGGACAGCUGACGUUAAGAAGCACUAUGGUUUUGAUUGCAGAUAUGGGGAAGCGGAAGACUGCUUAUUACCUGUAUUAAGAUGGAUUAUUUAUUAUUAGAGUAAGGUGCUGACAACAGUUCUUCAGCUUCUGCAUCUACAUAAAAAUGAGUGAGAUACAGGCAAUGGUAGAAUUUUCAGUGGAACUCCACAAAUUUUACAACGUGGAUUUGUUUCAAAGAGGUUUUUACCAGAUUCGUGCAUCAAUGAAAAUUCCACCAAGAGUUCCACACAAAAUUGAAGCAAGUUUGUUACGUACAACCAGUGCGGAUCUUGCCUUUCCAGCAUCAGUCCAUGACAACGUAAUCUGCAGUAAAACCUUUCAAAUUCUUUAUAAAAAUGAGGAAGUGUCUGUCAAUGAUGUUAUGAUCUUCAAAAUUAAAAUGCUGUUGGAUGAAAGGAAGAUUGAAGAAUCUCUUAAUGAAAUGAAUUUCCUGCUGUCUUUAGAUCUACAUUUUACGGAUACAGAUUAUUCGCCAGAAGACUUGAGCACAUUGCAGCUGAUUAGCAGCCGAACACUAAAGUUGCACUUUACCUUACACCGAGGCCUUCAUCACUACGUCAAUGUUAUGUUUGAUUACUUCCACCUCUCAGUCAUCUCCGUUUUAGUCCAUGCUUCGCUAGUUGCUCUUCACCAGCCUUUGAUAAGCCAUUUAUGCUACAGACUAGUAGGAGAAAAGGGCGACUCAUUCGCUAACGGUGGAUUACUGGAAGGCGAAGAAUCCUCUUGUCCAGAAUUUGAAACUAGGAGGAUUAGCUGCUGGCUAUGCUUUCCUCGCCCAGUGAAGAAUACUUGGCUAAACAGAAAUGCACCAGCACAGAACAGAGACUCAGUAGUUCCUUCUCUUGAAAGUGUAGUAUUUGGCAGCAAUUACACCAAACAAUUAUCAGCAGAUGGCUGCAGUUUUAUAAUAGCAGAGCCUUUCUUGAAUCAUGCUUACAAUCUCCACUAUACACUUUGUGCCAGUUUGCUGCUUGCGUUCAAAGGAUUGCAUAGCUACUUCAUCAGCUUAUCAAAGGAGCUGCCUUCCUGUCAGAAAUUGGAGCUGGCCAAGGCCCGCAUGCAGGUCCUUUAUGAACGCCUUCUCAGAAGAAAAAACCUACGAAUCCAGGGAGACGCCUAUCUAGAGAACAUAGAUGUAGAAGCACGUCUGUCAGAACUCUGUGAAGAAAUAAAGAAAAUGGAAAAUCCUGAUGAACUGCCGGAACAUAUAAACAUGAAUCUUGCACAGCUUUGUUCACUUCUGAUGGCUUUAUGGGGACAGUUUCUCGAAGUUGUUACUUUGCAAGAGGAAAUCUCUGCACUACUAGCACAACAGCAUCAUACAAUGCGUGUGCGCCGAUUUUCUGAAGCAUUUUUUUGUCUUGAGCACCCAAGGCAAGCUGCCCUUGCAUAUCAAGAAUUACAUGCUCAGAGCCAUCUUCAGAUGUGUACUGCAAUAAAAAGCACCUCCUUCUGUAGUUCUCUUCCACCUCUCCCUAUUGAAUGCAGUGAACUAGAUGGAGACCUGAACUCUUUGCCUAUAAUCUUCGAAGAUCGUUAUUUAGAUUCCAUCACCGAAGAGAUGGAUGUGCCAUGGCUGACAGCUCAGAGGCAUCAGAAGUCUGACCCCAAGAAACCUGACAAACUAGAUUCUGAAGAAAGUUUUACGGCUAGCUUUUCAAGCCCAGAGUUGAAAAUCAGACCUUCAGUUGCCUCCCAUAUUUGGCAGUCAGAAAGUGAAAAACAGUUCACAAAGUCUGCCAAAGGAAAAUGUGAAGAUAUGAAUAAAUCCAAAGCUAAGGUUACCAAGUUGAUGAAAACCAUGAAACCCGAAAAUCCAAAAAAAAUAGUAAAACAGAACUCUAAAGACUCUGUAGUCUUGGUGGGCUACAAAUGUUUGAAAGGUGCAACACCAGAGGACAUCUCUAAAUGCUUUGAAGGCAUUCCUUCAAGUAGCCAGAAGGAAGACCUGGAUCCCACAGUUAGUGGACAAAUUUGUGACACAAGGACCUUCAUGACUCAGAUGAGUCAAAAAGACCUUAGAUAUUUGACAUCUAGGAGCGAACAGAGCUCUGCUAAACCGGAUGGGCAUGAAGAAAGCCAGUGUACCUCAGUCAUUUCUCAAUCUGAAAAUUCCAUCAUUUUUGGUAAAUCUGACAUCUCCCAAACUGGCACUGGGGAUACUCUUAGGGAUAGCACCUUAGCAUCCAGAAGUACUGUUGAAGAUUGCUCAACAGGAGUUAGAAAAAUACAGGUAAAACCUUACUGUAAGAGUCUUCACGGGGGUGAAAAAGUGUUUGUUCGUAUUGGAUCACAGAUAGAAGGUCUGCAAGCUGGACUCCACAGAGAGAAUUUACAGGAAUUCACUUUUGAAAGUUCAAACUAUGAAAAAAGAUCUAAAUCAGAAGAGGAACCACUGCUUGAAAAGGAAAUUGUACAAGAAACAGAAUUACAGUUCACUGAAGAUGCCUUGGCAAGGGUCAAAAGCAACCAGACCAAUCUUUCUUCUAAAGAAACUCAUGGUUCGGUUGUAAGUGGAGAUGUACUAAAGCUGCCUGAUGUGAGUGUGACCUAUGCUUCAUCUAGAUUUUCGGAUUCUGGUGUGGAAAGUGAACCAAGUUCUUUUGCAAUGCACUCAGGUACAGACGUGGCUUUUGAAACUCCUCAAGGGCAAAGUGGAUGCAACAGUGAGAUAGUAUUUCCCCAGAUUUUGCUCAAACCAGAUUGCAAUAUCAAAAACCCUGUAGAGAGUCACUGUACAGAGAGUACAAGUGCUGUUAGUGAAAUACAGUCCUCCUUGACAUCGAUAAAUUCUCUGCCUUCCGAUGAUGAUCUUUCCCUCGACGAAAACUCAAAGAUAACUGUUGUACCUGACUGCCAGUUAAGUGACAGCAAAACUAUUUUGGACCUGGUAGCAAUUGAUUUGUCGAAAUGUGAUGACCCUAAAGAACCAGAUGCUUUGCCACAGUGUGGUUUGAUUUCUGGGCGAUUAGACAGUGAAACUACACUUCCAACGUCAUUACCUUCAAAUAUAAAAAGUUCUUUACAGCUCGUUUCAGAUGAAGAUACAACUUCAGAUGUGAACACUUACAACCCACAAUCAAAUAUUGGCACCAUUUGUGAAGAUUCUCAAAAGUUAGAGAGAGAUUUCCAUACUGUAGGGACAACAAAUGAAACACCUUCAGGCAUUGUUUAUCCAGGGGAGUCCUGUGUUGUUUCAGGUUCCAUAUCUAGUUGUGCUGGAAGUGUUGUAGUGAGGCCCAGUGAAGGAAGUCUUGGUAAACCUGUACAGCUAAAGCAAAUGACUGAUGAAUUGUCAGUUGAAAAAAAUGAAAGCCUCACAGGUAUGAGCAUCUUGUCAUCAGAGGGAACUACUGAUACGUUGAAGCAAGGACUUAUAGAAGACUACUUCGGCAAUCAAAGUACUGCUGAUAUCUCUUGUGUGUGUUCUACAGACAGCAGUACUAAUCUUGGCCCCCAAAAGGAAACAAUUCCAUCAGAAGACGAUGAUGAACAAGAUCAAGACAUGGUUGAAAAUGGUUAUUAUGAGGAAGAAGAUGACAGUAAUUUAGAUGGAGCUACAAAUGAUGAUUUAGAAGAAGAGAUUCUUGGGGUAACAAUUGGGAGAGCUUUAAGAACUGACCCAAUGAAUAGUGAACUUCUCAGGUACGGGAUCAAUAUGGCUCCACUUUGUACUCCAGGUAGCUUGGCAUUUCCCUCUUCAUUGAGAGGAUAUCCAUGUAGUACGCUAUGGUCUUCAAAGGACAAAACUAGUGGCGUUGUGAAGCAGCCUUGCAAUAUGUCCUGCAGCACAAUUUCAUCCACGUCCUGGUAUGAGGGCUUCCCUAAACCUCAACAGCUAGCAUUCCUCCAGGCUAAAGAGGAGAUGAAGCAGCUUAAGCUCCCUGGUUUUAUGUAUAGUGAUGUUCUCAGCCUGGCAUCUUCAGUACCUUAUUUCAGCACAGAAGAGGAGGAAAGUUCAGAGGAUGGAAUACAUCUCAUAGUCUGUGUACAUGGCCUAGAUGGCAAUAGUGCAGACUUAAGACUAGUAAAGACUUACAUUGAACUUGGCCUUCCUGGAAGUCGUAUAGAUUUUCUGAUGUCUGAGAGAAAUCAGAAUGAUACAUUUGCUGAUUUUGAUUCCAUGACAGAUCGCCUUUUGGAUGAGAUAAUACAGUACAUUCAAAUUUACAAUCUAACAAUUUCAAAAAUCAGUUUUAUUGGCCAUUCAUUGGGUAACCUAAUAAUCCGGUCAGUGCUAACAAGACCUAGAUUUAAAUAUUACCUCAGCAAACUUUACACCUUCCUGUCUCUGUCUGGGCCACAUCUUGGGACCCUCUACAACAGCAGUGCUCUUGUUAAUACAGGGCUCUGGUUUAUGCAGAAGUGGAAAAAGUCAGGGUCUUUAUUGCAGCUGACGUGUCGAGAUCAUUCAGACCCUCGGCAAACCUUCUUGUAUAAGCUUAGUAGAAAGGCAGGUCUCCAGUAUUUCAAAAACAUAGUAUUAGUGGGAUCUCUUCAAGAUCGUUAUGUCCCAUAUCAUUCUGCCCGUAUAGAAAUGUGUAAAACAGCUUUAAAGGAUAAACAGACAGGACCAAUAUAUGCCGAAAUGAUCCAGAAUCUCCUUCUGCCUGUUCUUCAGAAUAAGGAAUGCAGUUUGAUCCGCUAUGAUGUCAUUAAUGCAUUGCCGAACACAGCUGAUUCUCUCAUCGGAAGAGCUGCGCAUAUAGCUGUUUUGGAUUCAGAAAUAUUUUUAGAAAAGUUUUUCCUGGUUGCUGCCCUAAAAUAUUUCCAUUAGGAAUAAAACAACAA